AUGUCUCAAAAGGCGGGUUCUCAACAUUACCAGGAAAAUACCUGGCCGACUGCACGGCAUCAACUCAUAUGCCGGCCUGAUGAGGAGCCUCGAGUCACUUGUUCUCACUGCCGUUUAGCUGUUGAGCACGGCAAAGAAGCAGGCGUCGUCACAUUUUGCGGGCAUAUUUUCCAUCUCGCGUGCCUCAUUGACAUCGAAGGAGGUACUGAGUCGCCUUAUACAUGCCCGGUUUGCAAAGUCCAGAACUGCCACAGUGAAUGUGGAUGUCCUGCUACGCGUGUAGAGCUCCCUUGGACCGAUACCGAAGAUCAACGGGUACCAAAGACCAAGAUGGAAGGGGCCGAACUUUCUGCGAAUUGCAAAAUGCAUUAUCUCUGGACGAUUUUGCGGGACAUGUGCAUUCAGACGCACCGAGCGUUGCACACCAACGAAAUUAUGCACGAGGACGCGCCAUUUACCAUGUAUGCGACCGACGGAAGGCAAACUUGUUGGAUGUCUCAGUUGUCGUUUUGUUUUGACUUCGAAGUAGACUUCGCCGGCCACGAUUCCAGCGAGGUUGACAUCACUUGGCCAGCACAGCAGAAAUCGGGAGGGGUGAAUCGUGCUUGGUCAGGCUUCGUGUUUGAGGACUUCAGGCCGAAGAUAAAAAUCUACACAGUGGAUAAGCGACCGGAUGUGUGUCUCGAGGCCUGUUGGACCUGCUCCAAGUUGGCAUGCCCCAAUGCCCCGGCCCGAAGGUCGUAG